AGUGGUUUUGCUGGUGUUUAUAAUGAAUGGAUUUUAAAAAAACAUUAUUCUGAAUCUCUUCAUCUUCAAAAUGUCUUUCUUUAUUCAUAUGGAACUAUUCUUAAUUUAUUUCCAGCUAUUUUUUCAUCAAUGAUUAAAUCUCAAACUCUUCAUUUCUUUAGUCUUUUUCAUGGUUUUUCAUUUUAUACAUGGCUAAUUGUAAUAACACAAGCAUUAAAUGGUUUAUUUAUGUCUGUUGUAAUAAAACAUUCAUCAAAUAUUAUUCGUUUAUUUGUUAUUUCAUUUUCUUUAAUUGUAACAUCACUUCUUUCAUUAUUUAUUUUUCAUAUUAGUUUUAAUAUUUAUUUCUUUAUUUCAUUUAUAACAAUGACUUGUGCUCUUUCACUUUAUUAUUCAAAUUAA